AUAUCUAUUAUGUAAGGGCAUUUUUCUGUGCUGAGUGUGUGUUCAGUGUGUGUUCAGAGGCUUGUCUCUGAGGCGGAGCUCGUCACGAGUUUCAGGAAAGAGAGAGAGAGCAGUUUCCUCUCAGAGCCGACAUGAGCCGGACCAACGAUUGAACACCAUGGCACCUGCACAGCUCCAGUCUAACACCGACCAGCAGAUCUUCUCCACGACCUUGAGAGGAAAACUGAGCACAGAUCAGCCCAAUCUUUUCUACCUCCAUCCCCACAGAGAUAGAUGAGUUCCUCCUCUGAAAGCAUGCUCCAGACGGGGGUCCAGUGUUACACUAAACAGCGCUGGCUGCUGACCAUCGCUGGACUGGUCUUCUACGUGGUGGAUGUUCUCACCGACGUGGGAUUGGCUCUGAGGUAUUUUCAGCAGAAGGAUUUUCUGUGGACUGCUCUGACCCUGCUGUUUGUCCUGGCCGGGCUCGGGGUGACGCAGCUCUUCAGCUAUGUGUGGUACCAGGACGACCUCAAGGAUCCUCUGCAGAACCCAGAGGCAGAACCCAGAGUGUCCAGCAUGUCCAGAGGAGCGGUCACUGCCCUGCACCUGCUCGGGGUGGGCGUCUUCACCAGGUACCACCACCUGCUGAGGAAAGGCUUCAGGGUGGUGUGGAAGUCGAUGGAUUCCUGUACGGAGGACCAGAGGAGGGCCGAGCACCACCGUCUGUUCUGCCUGGCGACGGAUCUGAGCAUGCUCAAGCUGUUCGAGGCGUUCCUGGAGAGCGUCCCCCAGCUGCUGCUGCAGAUCUACAUUGUGCUGAGGAACAGGGAGGGGUCAGCCAUGCAGUAUAUUUCCAUGGCGUUCUCCUUCCUCACCAUCUCAUGGGCUCUGGUGGAUUACCGCCGCUGCCUGCGCAGAUCCCUCCCCCACAUCAGGGAGAUGCCCUCCGGCCUCCCCACCUUCAUCUACCUCCUGUACAAACUGUGCAGCAUCAGCAGCCACAUCCUGAGCCUCGCCCUGCUGCUGCUCCUCAGCCCCUACACCGCCGUGGCCCUCACCGUCCUCUGGCUCCUGGGGGCCCUCUGGACUCAUCUGCAGGGGACCUGCUUCUGCUCAGCGGGGGGGCUGGAGCUCCUGUACCAGGGGGUCAUCGGGGUCAUCCUCACCUUCACCUUCUUCAACGUCAAAGGGCAGGACACCCAGGGGGAGAUGGUGGUGUAUUACGGGUUCCAUGGUGCUGUGAACAUCGCGGCCCCCAUCCUGCUGGCUCUGCUGGGGCCAGAGCUGCUCACCCCCCCUCUGCUGCUGACCGUCUGCGGGCUCAUCAUCGGGGGGGCAGUGCUGGGGCUGGUGAGCCUCCUGCUAUACUACCUGCUACUGCACCCCGGAGAGGGGGAGGGCAGGGAGGCCGACGAGGUGGACGGCCCUAGGGGGGAGACGGAGAGGGAGAGGAGGGUGAAAAACUUUAUACAGCCAUGAGGGAACAUUACUGGAUAUUAAAAACACUCUUUAUUUAUUAA